CUCCAUUUCCCAGCAGCAGCGGGGCCGGAAGUCCCGUGCGCCUGACUCAGGCGGCGGGGGGCGGCGGCGAUGGCGCUGGAGACGCUGUCCCCGGACUGGGAGUUCGGCCGCCGCGACGACGGCUCGCAGAAAAUCCAUGCUGAAGUGGAGUUGAAGAAUUACGGAAAAUUUCUUGAGGAAUAUGCAUCUCAGCUGAAGAGGAUUGAAGAUGCUUUGGAUGACUCUGUUGGAGAUGUUUGGGACUUCAGUCUCGAUCCCAUUGCAUUAAAGCUUUUGCCUUACGAACAGUCCUCUCUACUGGAGCUCAUAAAGACAGAAAACAAGGUUCUAAACAAAGUAAUAACCGUGUAUGCUGCCCUUUGCUGUGAAAUCAAGAAGUUAAAAUAUGAGGCAGAAACUAAAUUUUAUAACGGCCUCUUGUUUUAUGGAGAAGGAGGCACAGACUCCAGCAUGGUAGAAGGAGAUUGCCAAAUACAGAUGGGAAGAUUUAUUUCUUUCUUGCAGGAGCUGUCUUGCUUUGUUACCCGAUGUUAUGAAGUGGUGGUGAAUGUAGUCCAUCAGUUGGCUGUUCUUUACACCAGCAACAAGAAUGCACCUAAAAUUAUAGAGACGUCAGGAGUUCAUUUUCAGGCAAUGUAUGAGCAUCUGGGAGAACUACUGACUGUCUUAAUCACUCUAGAUGAAAUAAUUGACAAUCAUGCCACUUUGAAAGAUCACUGGACCAUGUACAAGAGGCUGCUAAAAUCUGUCCAUCACAACCCUUCCAAAUUUGGAAUUCAAGAAGAUAAACUGAAGCCAUUUGAAAAGUUGCUGUUAAAACUGGAAUGCCAAUUACUUGAUGGAAUGAUAUUUCAGGCCUGCAUAGAGCAACAGUUUGAUUCCACGAAUGGUGGAGUGUCUGUGUCGAAGAACAGCGCGUUUGCUGAAGAAUUUGCUCAUACUCUUCGCACAACUUUCGCAAAUGUUGAAGCCAAACUUGGUGAACCUUCAGAAAUUGACCAGAGAGAUAGAUACGUAGGCAUCUGUGGCCUCUUUGUACUGCAUUUUCAGAUUUUUCGGACUGUAGACAAGAAAUUUUACAAGUCAUUGCUGGAUGUCUGUAAAAAGGUACCAGCCAUCACGCUAACAGCAAAUAUUAUCUGGUUUGCUGACAACUUUCUGAUUCAGAAGAUACCAGCUGCUGCCAAACUUCUGGACAAGAAAAGUAUUCAUACAGUUAAAAUGCAAAGGGAAAACUUUCUACAGCAGAAGGCACAGUCACUUACCAAAGAUAUGCAGUCAUAUUAUGUCUUCGUGAGCUCAUGGAUGACAAAAAUGGAAUCCAUCUUGUCAAAGGAGCAACGCAUGGAUAAGUUUGCUGAAGAUCUUUCUAACCGCUGUAAUGUCUUCAUUCAGGGUUUUCUUUAUGCAUACAGUCUUAGCACCAUCAUUAAAACUACAAUGAAUCUCUACAUGUCAAUGCAAAAGCCUAUGACCAAAACCUCAGUGAAAGCUCUUUGCAGGCUUGUGGAACUUCUGAAGGCAAUAGAACACAUGUUUUACCGAAGAAGUAUGGUUGUGGCAGAUUCUGUGACACACAUUGCUCAGCAUCUGCAGUACCAGGCUCUUCACUCUAUUUCUGUAGCCAAGAAAAGAGUCAUUUCUGAUAAAAAGUACAGUGAGCAGCGCCUGGAUGUCCUUUCUGCUUUGGUGUUGGCUGAGAACACCCUCAAUGGGCCGAGUACAAAACAGAGGCGACUAAUUGUUUCCCUUGCACUGAGUGUGGGAACACAGAUGAAAACUUUUAAAGAUGAAGAACUCCUUCCCCUUCAAUUAGUUCUGAAGAAAUUAGACUUGAUCAGUGAACUUACAGAGCGAGUUCGAGCACAAUGUGACUGUUGUUUCUUGUACUGGCAUCGAGCAGUCUUUCCAAUCUAUUUAGAUGAUGUGUAUGAAAAUGCAGUUGAUUCUGCUAGACUGCAUUAUAUGUUCAGUGCACUGAGGGACUGUGUACCUGCUAUGAUGCAUGCAAGGCACUUGGAAUCUUAUGAGGUGCUUCUGGAAUGCUAUGAUAAAGAAAUCAUGGAAGUGCUCAAUGAGCAUUUGCUGGACAAAUUAUGUAAAGAGAUAGAAAAGGACCUGCGGUUGUCAGUUCAUACGCACCUAAAACUGGAUGACAGAAAUCCCUUCAGAGUUGGUAUGAAGGAUCUAGCUCACUUCUUCUUUCUCAACCCGAUACGUUUUUUCAAUCGAUUCAUUGACAUAAAAGCUUAUGUAACUCACUAUUUGGACAAGACCUUCUACAACUUAACAACUGUGGCUUUACAUGACUGGGCUACCUAUAGUGAGAUGAGAAACCUAGCAACUCAGCGCUAUGGUUUAAGUAUGACUGAAGCACAUCUUCCCAGUCAGACUCUGGAACAGGGUCUGGAUGUUUUGGAAAUCAUGAGAAAUAUUCAUGUGUUUGUAUCUCGCUACCUUUACAAUCUGAAUAAUCAGAUCUUCAUUGAAAGAACUAGUAAUAACAAACACUUGAACACUAUCAAUAUUCGACACAUUGCUAAUUCAAUUCGAACUCAUGGAACAGGAAUCAUGAACACAACAGUCAACUUCACUUACCAGUUUUUGAGGAAAAAAUUUUAUAUUUUUAGCCAGUUCAUGUAUGAUGAACAUAUCAAAUCCAGACUUAUCAAGGACAUCAGAUUCUUCAGGGAAGUCAAGGAUCAAAAUGAUCACAAGUAUCCAUUUGAAAGAGCAGAUAAAUUCAACAGAGGCAUCAGAAAACUUGGAAUAACCCCAGAUGGCCAGAGCUACCUUGACCAGUUCAGACAACUCAUAAGUCAAAUCGGCAAUGCUAUGGGUUAUGUCCGAAUGAUAAGAUCUGGUGGACUUCACUGCUGUAGCAGUGCAAUUAGGUUUGUUCCUGAUCUGGAAGACAUAGUUAAUUUUGAAGAGCUGGUGAAAGAAGAAGGACUCUCAGAAGAAACGCAGAAAGCAGCAAGGCAGUUGGACUCUGUCCUUAGUGACCUCACACGUAACUUUGCAGAAGGAACGGAAUACUUUAAAAUGCUUGUGGAUGUAUUUGCUCCUGAAUUCCGCAGCCCAAAGAAUAUGCAUUUGCGGAACUUCUAUAUAAUUGUUCCCCCACUGACCCUCAAUUUUGUAGAGCAUUCAAUCAGUUGUAAGGAGAAGUUGAAUAAGAAGAACAAAAGCGGAGCAGCUUUCACUGAUGAUGGCUUUGCCAUGGGUGUGGCUUACAUUCUGAAGCUUUUGGAUCAGUACCAGGAGUUUGAUUCCCUGCACUGGUUCCAGUCUGUUAGAGAGAAGUAUGUGAAGGAAAUAAGAGCAGUAGCUAAGCAACAGAAUGUGCAGUCCAUUAAUCAAGAUGAAAAACUGCUGCAAACUAUGAACCUUACUCACAAGCGACUGGAAGUUUGCUUACAGGAAUUUGAACUCCUUUAUUUUUCAUUAAGUAGUGCAAGAAUUUUUUUCAGAGCAGAUAAAACUGCAGCAGAAGAAAACCAGGAAAAGAAAGAAAAGGAAGAAGAAUCUGUUAAAGCAAGCAACGGAGAUCUUUCCAACUCUACGCCUGCAGAUCCUGUUGUGAAAUGAUAUGGCUGUAUGGGAUUUGCACUCUGGGAGCUUAAGAUCCUGCCAAGCAUUUACUUUCCCUGAAUCUUCUCCCCCCCCCCCUCAAUAUCAGAGAAAGGGGAAAACAGAAAAGUGAAGAUAACAAACUACUUUUCAUUUCACACUGAAGGUCUGAUUUGCAUCCACAGAAGUAAGGAAAUCAAGAGCCAAGACAGAACCACAAUCAGCUCUUCCUUUUAUGACCAGACACUGUGUGAUGAGUGUCUGUACCUAUUAAGUGAUCUUAUACUUCAUGAAUAUGUUGUGCCUAACUGCAAGUUUCAGCCUCAAAUCUGUGUUUCUUAGCCUUUGUAGGUCUGUUGUAUUGUCUGUGUUGUUAAUACAGUCUUACAUGCCUGGUUAUUAACAAUAAUUGCACUGCAGGCUUCAGAAGCUGCUGAACACUGUGAGAACUCUGUAUAAAUUUUAACAUCUGUUAAUGCCUGCAAGUAGAGGUUUCUAGGUUGUACAAGAGUUAACUCAGAUACCUGACUUAAGUAAAUAGCUAGACUUAGCUUAAAAGUAAACACCGGUUCCAUUAAAAGAUACUCCUGUGUUUUAAUCUCCCAGAACAUAAGACUUUUAGGUUUUACUAGCUAGAAGAAACUACUCUAGUCAGCCUGAGAAAUUACCUUUUGGUUUUUGGCAUUCUUAACUGUAUUUUAAGACUGUACUUGAAAGCUUCUUUCAUCUCUUCUGAUUCCAUCCCUUCUCCCCCGUCAAAAAAGUAAUGCUUUAAUAUAAAUGGUUCAAAUUUCUCCCCCCACCCUCGUGUUAGUAGCUAAGACAAUUCCUGGCAGACUUUUUGAUUCAUUCUUUCCUGCGAGUCAGUUCAGCAUUUGGAAAACUAGGACAAAUUUUUUGUUGCAACUGGAGAGAGACCAGACUGAUGAAAGUCCUUUCAUUGGCUCUGAAAACAUGACCCAGAAGCUUUGUGGACUGUUGAAAUCAGCUGGGCUCAUUAAAGGGUUUGUUUGUUUGUUUGACUGCAGAGACUGUCCUAAAAAAUGCUGCAUUACUUGAUUUAUUUUUGAUAGUUUUUGUCAUAAUUUAUGUACGCUUUUUUUCUGACCAAAUUGUGCCCGCACUGAACGCGCUCAGUAGUGUUGCUGAGAACAGCAGCAGCAGUCUGGCUGUUCCUAAUAAUUUCCAUACUGUUGCAAUUGCAAUGUACCUACUUCCAGACUCCUAUCUCAUCUGAAGGCAUGGAAGUUCCUGACUUGGAGUGGUCAAGCACUCUCUUGAUUCUGCAACAACAGCAGACUCACACAUAGUGUUUGUUUUCCCCCCAGGAUGGACUUGCUAGGUAGAUACAUACAGUCAAGGCAUUACCUGUGCUCUAAUGAAGUCUGCAUUUCUAUUUUUCCUUCUCCCACGUUUUUUGGAAAGACCAUCUCAGCUAGGUGAUACUCCAGUUAUUAAUAUGCGUAUGAUGGUGAACAAAUUCAUGUGGUUCUGGUAAUGGAAAUUCUACAGAAAAGACAUGAGCUUAUUUUUAUAGAGUCCUGUUUGAGGUUGGGACCUGAAUGUAUACCAUAUGUGGCAAAAAUAUAUACAUACAAACAAAUAUGUACAGUGAUAAUAGAGCUAUUCUUGCUAAUACAGGAUUGUAGUUUAUUAUAUUUACACUUUUUGUCAUGUAGCAGCACAUAGAUAACGAAAGCUUUCGUCAUCUGAAAUACAAAGUGGGUCCUGGUUUUGGAUGGCACUCCUCUGUCCCAAUUACCGGGAAGGGGUGCAGAAUUCUUGUUGUGGUGCUACUCUUUUCAUUGCUUUUGCCCUCCUGUGCUGAUUUUAGGAACAAAAGGGGCUCCAACAGGUUGGCUGGAGAUGAUGAUGGAUCUAAAAAUAAUACAAAAUAAUCCUCCAAACUAAACUGAACUUGUUGCUCACCCAAAAUUCCCAGAGGUGAAAAAGGGAAGUGAGGAUGAUGAGUUUACUGCAGGGACAUAAAAUGGAUCUCUAGUUUUCUUUCUCCUUCAAGUCAGGGGCAGAACAGGCUGAAGGCCAGUCUACCUCCCUGAGAAGGCAGCCACCACCACUGCCCUCCUGCGCUUCGUCUUGUGACGAGGCUGUUGUAGGUGGAGGUGGUGGCAGCAGCUCCUCCAGAGGUCUUGAAACCUGCUUCUGAUGUGGUGCUGUGUCCUUUUAUGCCAGAAGCCACGGGGCUGCCUUGCCUUUCCUCCUGGUGCUAUCAGGUAGGGGAAGCAGAGCGCAGCUGAUGCCCUCAUUGCCUUUCAGCCCCCAGGUCAAAAGGCAUUUGUCACUGACCAGUGGUGCUGACCGAUGGCCCCAGCAGCACCCAAGUGGUCUGGGCUUCCCUGCGAAGCAAAGUGCUGGUGUGUGUUCAGCUUUGCUUGAAGGGUAGGUUCCAGAGGUUCUAAUUAGAAGCAAAUUUGAGUUUUCACCUGAUGUCCAUCAACAACAGCUGUCUGCAGCUUCUCAGGUACAAAGGACCAAAUGUAACAGUGUUUUCUAACUCAUUGUACAAAAGGGUAUUUUGUUACCUCAGUCUGGUUUGUGAGUAGAGUACCUUAUGUACAUAAAACUGUUAAUAAAUGUAAUUUUCAGAA